AUGGGCUCGGUCACAGAAUGGACUCGACGAUGCCUGCGGUCUUUUCCAACCCAACUGAUCCUGCCACACGCACUCCCAAAGGGCGCGGACGAAGCUCCGCGCGAAUACCCGAGCCCCGCGGCGGUGGCGGUGUCCCCCCGCGGCGGUGGCGGUGUCCCCCCGCGGCGGUGGCGGUGUCCCCCCGCGGCGGUGGCGGUGUCCCCCCGCGGCGGUGGCGGUGUCCCCCCGCGGCGGUGGCGGUGUCCCCCCGCGGCGGUGGCGGUGUCCCCCCGCGGCGGUGGCGGUGUCCCCCCGCGGCGGUGGCGGUGUCCCCCCGCGGCGGUGGCGGUGUCCCCCCGCGGCGGUGGCGGUGUCCCCCCGCGGCGGUGGCGGUGUCCCCCCGCGGCGGUGGCGGUGUCCCCCCGCGGCGGUGGCGGUGUCCCCCCGCGGCGGUGGCGGUGUCCCCCCGCGGCGGUGGCGGUGUCCCCCCGCGGCGGUGGCGGUGUCCCCCCGCGGCGGUGGCGGUGUCCCCCCGCGGCGGUGGCGGUGUCCCCCCGCGGCGGUGGCGGUGUCCCCCCGCGGCGGUGGCGGUGUCCCCCCGCGGCGGUGGCGGUGUCCCCCCGCGGCGGUGGCGGUGUCCCCCCGCGGCGGUGGCGGUGUCCCCCCGCGGCGGUGGCGGUGUCCCCCCGCGGCGGUGGCGGUGUCCCCCCGCGGCGGUGGCGGUGUCCCCCCGCGGCGGUGGCGGUGUCCCCCCGCGGCGGUGGCGGUGUCCCCCCGCGGCGGUGGCGGUGUCCCCCCGCGGCGGUGGCGGUGUCCCCCCGCGGCGGUGGCGGUGUCCCCCCGCGGCGGUGGCGGUGUCCCCCCGCGGCGGUGGCGGUGUCCCCCCGCGGCGGUGGCGGUGUCCCCCCGCGGCGGUGGCGGUGUCCCCCCGCGGCGGUGGCGGUGUCCCCCCGCGGCGGUGGCGGUGUCCCCCCGUGGUGGUGGCGGUGUCCCCCCGUGGUGGUGGCGGCGUCCCCGGCCACCCGCGGAGCUCCAGGGGCACCGCCGCCGGGCUGCCGGAGCCGCUACCAGCUGCUGCUCUCCGGGAAGGCCCUGGCCGACAGAUACCGGAGGAUUUACACGGCGGCUCUGAGCGACCGUGAGCUGGGGAGCCAGGGGGGCAGAAGUAAGAAACUCUUUAGCAAGAAAAAGUUGAAAAGAAAACAGAAGACUAAAUUGAAAGUGAAAACACGCAACAAGACUGAAAACUUAGAGAGUACAAUAACCAUACCAGAUAUCAGAUUGCAUAGCAAUCCUUCAGCUUUUAAUGUUUACUGCAAUGUCCGCCAUUGUGUGUUGGAGUGGCAGAAAAAGGAAGCGUCUGUGUCUUUGGCUUCAAAGAACAGUGUCCAGAGUGGGGAUUCGGACAGUGAUGAAGAAGAGGAGCCCAAAGAACCACCUAUUAAACUUCCAAAGAUCAUUGAAGUUGGAUUGUGUGAAGUCUUUGAAUUGAUAAAGGAGACAAGAUUUUCUCAUCCAUCCUUGUGUCUCAGGAGCCUACAAGCCCUACUUAAUGUGCUCCAAGGUCAGCAACCAGAAGGCCUGCAAUCAGAGCCUCCAGAAGUCCUAGAAUCCCUGUUCCAACUGCUUCUGGAAAUAACAGUCCGUAGCACGGGAAUGAAUGACAGUACAGGACAGUCCUUGACAGCACUUUCCUGCGCUUGCCUCUUCAGUUUGGUAGCUGCCUGGGGAGAGACAGGAAGGACAUUGCAAGCAAUCUCUGCAAUCCUCACCAAUAAUGGCAGCCAUGCUUGUCAGACUAUUCAGGUGCCAACCAUUUUAAACUCUCUUCAGCGGAGUGUACAGGCAGUUCUGGUGGGCAAAAUCCAAAUCCAGGACUGGUUCAGUAAUGGAAUAAAGAAGGCAGCUUUGAUGCACAAAUGGCCAUUGAAAGAAAUAUCUGUAGAUGAAGAUGACCAGUGCCUACUUCAGAGUGAUGGUUUUUUCCUCUAUCUCUUAUGUAAAGAUGGACUUUACAAAAUUGGCUCUGGAUAUAGCGGGACAGUGAGGGGCCAUAUAUACAAUUCUACAUCCCGCAUCAAAAACAGAAAAGAAAAAAAGUCUUGGUUAGGUUAUGCUCAGGGCUAUUUAUUAUAUAGAGAUACGAAUAAUCACAGUAUGACAGCCAUAAGAAUAAACCCUGAAACCUUGGAACAAGACGGUACAGUUGCUUUGCCAGAUUGUCAUACUGAAGGACAGAACAUCCUUUUUACAGAUGGAGAAUAUAUUAAUCAAAUAGCAGCAUCUAGAGAUGAUGGCUUUGUAGUGCGAAUAUUUGCCACGAGUACUGAGCCAGUAUUGCAACAAGAACUGCAGCUUAAGCUUGCAAGAAAAUGCUUACAUGCCUGUGGCAUCUCAUUGUUUGAUCUGGAGAAAGAUUUGCACAUUAUCAGUACAGGGUUUGAUGAGGAAUCAGCUGUCCUUGGUGCUGGGAGAGAGUUUGCACUGAUGAAAACUGCUAGUGGAAAGAUUUAUUACACUGGCAAAUAUCAGAGCCUUGGAAUCAAGCAAGGUGGCCCUUCAGCUGGCAAAUGGGUUGAACUCCCAAUCACAAAAUCUCCAAAGAUUAUUCAAUUUUCUGUUGGACAUGACGGCUCACAUGCCUUACUUGUUGCUGAGGAUGGAAGCAUAUUCUUCACAGGUUCUGCUAGUAAAGGAGAGGAUGGUGAAUCAACUAAAAGCAGACGUCAAUCAAAACCAUAUAAGCCUAAAAAAAUUAUUAAAAUGGAAGGGAAGAUUGUCAUAUCUACAGCGUGCAAUAAUGGAAGCAGUUCUGUAAUUUCCAAAGAUGGAGAACUCUACAUGUUUGGAAAAGAUGCCAUUUACUCUGAUAGUACAAGUUUAGUAACAGAUUUGAAAGGCCAUUUUGUGACUCAAGUAGCCAUGGGCAAAGCUCACACCUGUGUGUUAAUGAAGAAUGGAGAAGUUUGGACAUUUGGAGUAAACAAUAAAGGACAGUGUGGACGAGACACAGGCUCUAUGAGCCAAGGAGGAAAAGGUUUUGGAGUUGAAAACAUGGCAACAGCAAUGGAUGAAGACCUGGAAGAGGAACUGGAUGAAAAAGAUGAGAAGUCCAUGAUGUGUCCUCCAGGCAUGCAUAAAUGGAAGCUGGAGCAGUGUAUGGUGUGCACUGUAUGUGGAGAUUGCACAGGCUAUGGAGCCAGCUGUGUUAGUAGUGGGCGUCCUGAUAGAGUACCUGGAGGAAUAUGUGGCUGUGGCUCAGGUGAGUCAGGCUGUGCUGUGUGUGGCUGCUGCAAGGCAUGUGCUAGAGAACUGGAUGGCCAAGAAGCAAGGCAAAGAGGAAUCCUUGAUGCUGUGAAAGAGAUGAUACCUUUAGAUCUCUUGCUGGCUGUCCCUGUCCCUGGCGUUAAUAUUGAAGAACACCUUCAGCUACGACAAGAAGAAAAGCGGCAACGUGUAAUUAGGAGACAUAGACUGGAAGAAGGAAGAGGCCCCCUUGUAAUUCCUGGUCCUAUUUUUAUGAACCAUCGAGAACAGGCUCUAGCCAGAAUCAGACUCUCUCCAGCACCGCUAAAGCAUAAACGGGACAAGCACAAAGAUGGAAGUGGAGAAAGAGGUGAGAAGGAUGCCAGCAAAAUCACAACAUAUCCACCAGGGGCUGUUCGCUUUGACUGUGAACUGCGAGCUGUACAAGUCAGUUGUGGAUUUCACCAUUCAGUGGUUUUGAUGGAGAAUGGUGAUGUUUACACAUUUGGAUAUGGGCAGCAUGGUCAGCUUGGACAUGGUGAUGUUAAUUCCAGGGGAUGUCCCACUUUGGUGCAAGCAUUACCAGGUCCUAGUACACAAGUUACUGCUGGGAGCAACCACACAGCUAUUCUCUUAAUGGAUGGCCAGGUUUUCACAUUUGGAAGUUUCUCAAAAGGUCAGCUUGGCAGACCAAUUCUGGAUAUGCCCUACUGGAAUGCAAAACCAGCACCUAUGCCUAACAUAGGCUCCAAAUAUGGGCGCAAAGCUACAUGGAUUGGAGCGAGUGGAGACCAGACUUUUCUCCGGAUCGAUGAAGCUCUCAUUAAUUCUCAUGUGCUUGCUACAUCAGAGAUAUUUGCAAGCAGGCAUAUAAUAGGUUUGGUACCAGCUUCAAUAUCAGAACCACCUCCUUUUAAAUGUCUUCUGAUAAACAAAGUAGAUGGCAGUUGCAAAACAUUCAAUGAUUCUGAGCAGGAAGACCUUCAAGGUUCUGGUGUGUGUCUGGAUCCUGUCUAUGAUGUUAUUUGGAGGUUUCGCCCGAAUGCCAGGGAACUGUGGAGUUACAACGCAGUAGUUGCCGAUUCCAGGCUCCCCUCAGCUCCAGAUAUGCAAUCCCGGUGUAGUAUUUUGAGUCCAGAACUUGCUCUGCCAACAGGUUCCAAAGCUCUAACCACCAGAUCUCAUGCAGCUUUGCAUAUUCUAGGUUGCCUUGAUACUUUGGCUGCUAUGCAGGACUUAAAAAUGGGUGUUGCAAAUACAGAAGAAGAGACUCAAGCAGUAAUGAAAGUUUAUUCUAAAGAAGACUAUAGUGUUGUUAACAGAUUUGAAAGUCAUGGAGGAGGCUGGGGUUAUUCAGCCCACUCAGUAGAAGCCAUCCGUUUCUGUGCUGAUACAGAUAUAUUGCUAGGUGGUCUUGGUCUCUUUGGUGGUAGAGGUGAAUACACUGCUAAAAUAAAGUUGUUUGAAUUGGGUCCAGAUGGGGGAGAUCAUGAGACAGAUGGAGACCUCCUUGCUGAGACAGAUGUCUUAGCCUAUGAUUGUGCUGCCAGAGAGAAAUAUGCAAUGAUGUUUGAUGAGCCAGUACUCCUGCAAGCUGGCUGGUGGUAUGUAGCCUGGGCAAGAGUGUCAGGACCUAGCAGUGAUUGUGGAUCUCAUGGACAAGCCUCUAUUACUACAGAUGAUGGUGUUGUAUUUCAGUUUAAAAGUUCCAAGAAAUCAAAUAAUGGUACAGAUGUGAAUGCAGGGCAGAUUCCGCAACUACUAUACAGGUUGCCAACAAGUGAUGGCAGUGCAUCCAAAGGAAAACAGCAAACUAGUGAACCCGUACAUAUUUUAAAGAGAUCUUUUGCCAGAACUGUCUCAGUGGAAUGCUUUGAAUCUUUGCUGAGCAUUCUUCACUGGAGUUGGACAACACUGGUGCUUGGAGUUGAGGAACUUCGUGGGCUGAAGGGUUUCCAAUACACUGCUACUCUUCUGGAUUUAGAAAGGUUGCGUUUUGUGGGCACUUGCUGCCUGAGAUUGCUGAGGGUCUACACCUGUGAAAUAUAUCCAAUAUCAGCUACAGCUAAGGCAGUUGUAGAAGAAACCAGCAAACUAGCAGAUUGCAUUGGAAAAACUAGGACCUUGCUGAGAAAAAUUUUAUCUGAAGGAGUUGACCAUUGCAUGGUGAAGUUGGACAAUGAUCCACAAGGAUAUCUCAGUCAGCCUCUCAGUCUGUUAGAAGCUGUCCUUCAGGAAUGCCAUAAUACAUUCACAGCUUGCUUCCAUUCAUUCUAUCCAACACCAGCUCUCCAGUGGGCAUGUCUUUGUGACUUGCUGAACUGUUUGGACCAGGAUAUCCAGGAGGCAAACUUCAAGACCUCCAGUAGCCGUCUGCUUGCUGCUGUCAUGUCUGCCCUGUGCCACACGUCGGUGAAGCUGACCUCCAUCUUUCCCAUUGCGUACGAUGGAGAGGCCUUGCUGCGCUCCAUGGUCAAACAAGUCAGCACUGAGAACGACUCUGCUCUGGCCCAUCGCUUUCCUCUUCUGGUUGCACACAUGGAAAAGCUGAGCCAGAGUGAGGAAAAUGUUUCAGGGAUGACAAGCUUUCGGGAAGUGCUGGAAAAGAUGUUAGUCAUUGUUGUUUUACCAGUACGGAACAGCCUGAGAAGAGAAAAUGAACUUUUCUCUUCACAUCUGGUUUCUAAUACCUGUGGGUUGCUUGCUAGUAUUGUGAGUGAGCUUACAGCAUCAGCAUUAGGAUCUGAGGUUGAUGGACUGAAUUCUCUCCAUUCUGUCAAAUCCACUCCAAAUCGAUUCACUAAAACAAGUCAGGGAAGAAGCUGGAAUACUGGGAAUGGAUCUCCUGAUGCAAUAUGUUUCUCUGUCGACAAACCCGGUGUAGUUGUAGUAGGAUUUUCUGUUUAUGGUGGAGGAGGAAUUCAUGAGUAUGAGUUGGAGGUAUUAGUCGAUGAUAGUGAUCAUACUGGAGAUGCAACUCAUUCUCAUAGAUGGACCUCAUUAGAAUUGGUUAAAGGAACUUACACCACGGAUGAUUCUCCUAGUGACAUAGCUGAAAUCAGACUUGACAAAGUUGUGCCACUGAAGGAAAACGUGAAAUAUGCAGUUCGUUUGAGGAAUUAUGGAAGCCGGACUGCCAAUGGAGAUGGUGGAAUGACCACAGUUCAGUGUCCAGAUGGUGUGACCUUUACAUUUAGUACAUGCAGUCUGAGCAGUAAUGGCACCAACCAAACACGAGGUCAAAUCCCCCAGAUUCUUUAUUACAGGAGUGAGUAUGAUGGAGAUCUGCAGUCACAGCUGUUGAACAAAGCUAAUGAAGAAGACAAAAACUGUAGCAGGGCUCUUUCUGUUGUGAGUGCUGUUGUACGAGCAGCCAAAGACUUGUUGCACAGAGCUCUUGCAGUAGAUGCUGAAGACAUUCCAGAAGUACUCAGCUCUUCCAGUCUGUUUUCAAUGCUGCUUCCCCUCAUCAUAGCCUACAUAGGACCAGUAGCAGCAGCUAUUCCCAAGGUUGCUGUUGAGGUCUUUGGCCUGGUACAACAGCUACUUCCUUCAGUGGCAGUUCUGAAUCAGAAAUACGCCCCUCCAGCUUUUAACCCAAAUCAGUCUACAGACAGCACCACUGGAAACCAGCCAGAGCAAGGGCUUUCAGCUUGUACUACCUCCAAUCACUAUGCUGUUGUAGAAAGCGAGCAUCCCUAUAAGCCUGCCUCUGUUACACACUAUAAGGUGACUUUUCCUGAAUGUGUCAGGUGGAUAACAAUAGAGUUUGACACUCAGUGUGGCACCGCUCAGUCAGAGGAUGUUCUUCGUUUACUAAUUCCUGUCAGAAUUGCACAGAGCCUGGGAUUUGGACCAAAGCAUACCUCUGUUCAUGAAAACCUUAAUUCAUGGAUAGAACUAAAAAAGUUCUCUGGAUCUUCAGGAUGGCCUACUAUGGUGUUAGUAUUGCCAGGGAAUGAAGCUCUUUUUUCUCUGGAGACUGCGUCAGACUAUGUGAAAGAUGAAAAAGCUUGUUUUUAUGGUUUCAAAUGUUACGCAAUUGGAUAUGAAUUUAGUCCAGGAAGUGAUGAGGGUAUUAUUCAGCUGGAGAAAGAACUGGCAAAUUUAGGAGGAUCAUGUGCAGCAGCUUUGAUGAAGAAGGAUUUAGCACUUCCUAUUGCAGGUAGUGAGUUUGAAGAGGAUCUUGAGAUACUUGAAGAGGCUGCCUUACAGGUGUGCAAAUCUCACUCAGGCAUUCUUGGGAAAGGCUUGGCACUAUCUCACUCACCAACAAUUUUGGAAGCUCUCGAAGGAAGUCUUCCACUGCAGGUACAAAGCAACGAGCAGUCAUUCCUGGAAGAUUUCAUUGCUUGUGUACCAGGAUCAAGUGGUGGACGACUUGCAAGGUGGCUGCAGCCUGAUUCAUAUGCUGAUCCUCAAAAAACAUCAUUGAUUUUGAACAAGGAUGACAUCCGAUGUGGUUGGCCAACUGUUAUUACAGUACAAACAAAAGACCAGUAUGGGGAGGUUGUUCAUGUUCCCAAUAUGAAGGUAGAAGUCAAAGCUAUUCCUGUUUCUCAGAAAAAAACAUCUUUGCAACAAGAGCAAGUUAAAAAAGUGCAGCGGAUACCAGGGAGUCCUUCAACAGCUGUUUCCCCUAGCAGUGAUAUGACCUUUGGAGGACUUCCUUCACCAAAGCUUGAUUCCUCCUAUGAGCCAAUGAUAGUAAAAGAAGCUCGGUAUAUUGCUAUUACAAUGAUGAAGGCAUAUGAAAAUUAUUCUUUUGAAGAAUUGCGUUUUGCUUCACCAACACCAAAGAGACCCAGUGAAAACAUGUUGAUCAGAGUCAAUAAUGAUGGUACAUACUGUGCAAACUGGACUCCAGGAGCUGUUGGUCUCUAUACCAUUCAUGUUACUAUAGAUGGCAUUGAAAUAGAUGCUGGACUAGAAGUGAAAGUAAAAGAUCCUCCAAAAGGAAUGAUACCUCCUGGAACCCAACUUAUUAAACCAAAAGCAGAGCCUCAGCCAAACAAGGUUCGCAAAUUUGUGGCCAAGGACAGUGCAGGGCUUCGUAUCCGUAGCCACCCUUCCCUUCAGAGUGAGCAGAUAGGCAUAGUGAAAGUCAAUGGAUCCAUCACUUUCAUUGACGAGAUCCACAAUGAUGAUGGUGUUUGGCUGAGGCUGAAUGAUGAAACAAUAAAGAAGUAUGUUCCUAACAUGAAUGGUUACACUGAAGCCUGGUGUCUGUCUUUUAACCAACAUCUUGGCAAGAGCCUUCUGGUACCUGUUGACAAUGUCUUUAAUGCUAGCCAAGAAGUAAGGGAUUUGGACUUUUUUUCAUGGACUUCCAAAGCUUUACCCCCUAAGGAAUCUAGGUCUAAUGCUGAUGAUUUUUUCAAAGACCUAAAUUCACACUGCCCACAGGAAGCAGUGAUGCAAGAACAAGACAUGCCAUUCCUUCGAGGUGGACCUGGAGUGUACAAGGUAGUGAAGACUGGCCCAUCAGGUCACAACAUCAGAAGCUGCCCUAACCUUAGAGGUAUCCCAAUUGGAAUGUUAGUUCUGGGAAACAAAGUCAAGGCAGUGGGCGAGGUGACUAAUUCAGAAGGUACGUGGGUGCAAAUGGAUAAGAACAGCAUGGUAGAGUUCUGUGAAAGUGAUGAAGGCGAGGCAUGGUCAUUAGCUAGAGACAGAGGUGGAAACCAGUACCUCCGACAUGAAGAUGAGCAAGUCCUUCUAGAUCAAAAUGUGCAGACUCCUCCUCCAAGUCCUUUUUCAAUACAAGCUUUCAGUAAGGGGACAAGCUGUAGUAAUGGACAAGGGUUUGAUUAUGGCCUUGGAAAUAACAAAGGUGACCAACUGAGUGCCAUACUGAAUUCCAUUCAGUCACGGCCAAAUCUCCCAGCUCCUUCCAUCUUUGAUCAAGCUGCAAAACCUCCCUCUUCCCUUGUCCACAGUCCAUUUGUGUUCGGACAGCCCCUUUCCUUCCAGCAGCCACAGCUUCAGAAAACUCCAUCCUGCUGCCUUGCUUCUCGUGAGCGUAUUUACAAAACUAGUGAUGUAGCUGGGCCUGCCUCUGCUAUUUCAUCUCUCUCUCACAAACUGAAGGGUGACCGGAUGAAUUUCACAGGAGCUGCUAGACCAAUUUCUCCAGCAGGAAAAUCAGACAUGUCAUCAAAACACAGAGCUGACUGCAGGUCACCCAAGCUUGAUGUGAGAAUGAACAGAGCUGCUGCCGAGCAGAAGAAACCCAGAAAUACCGACGGCUUAUCCGCCAGCGAGUGCCUGAUGCUGAAAUCAGACGCUGCAAAGUUGCGGUCAGACUCGCACAGCAGGUCUUUGUCACCAAAUCAUAACACUUUGCAAACACUAAAAACUGAUGGAAGAACAACUCCUGGUCUGAGAGCCGAAUCUCCAGGCCCAGGAACCCGGUCAUCUUCUCCAAAGACAAAGACACUCACAGGCAUUAGAUCUGGUGCUAGUUCUCCGCGAUCCUCAUCACCCAAUGACAAAACUCUACCUCAGAAAGCUCCAUCCCCUGUGAAAACAAAGCUCGAUCCUCCUCGAGAACGCUCCAAAUCAGAUUCUUACACGUUGGAUCCAGACACCCUUCGCAAAAAGAAAGUGCCACUAACAGAACCUUUAAGGGGGAGGUCCACUUCACCAAAACCAAAAAUCAUUGCAAAAGAUGGAAAAUCUGCGCCAGAAACUGAAAACCGAGCUCCUUCCCCUCAUGUCGUACAAGAAAAUCUUCACAGUGAAGUAGUUGAAGUCUGUACUUCGACUACUUUAAAGACUGACAGCAUUACAGAUACCACCUGUGAAGACAACACCGAAUUCAGAAGUAUGGAUGAUGGUUCUAAUAAAGUUCAUUUCAGCAUUGGAAAAGCACCACUGAAGGAUGAGCAAGACAUGAGAGCAUCUCCAAAAGUGAGCCGUAAAUGUGCUGGCAGGCACACAAGACCCAAAAAGGAAAAAUCCAACUUCCUUUUCAAAGGAGAUGGAUCAAAGCCCAUAGAGCCUGCCAAGCAAGCAAUGUCACCUUCUGUUGCAGAAUGUGCUCGAGCCGUAUUUGCCGCAUUUCUUUGGCAUGAAGGAAUAGUUCAUGAUGCCAUGGCAUGCUCAUCUUUUUUGAAGUUUAAUCCAGAACUGUCCAAAGAACAUGCACCCAUACGAAGCAGUCUUACUCAACAACCUGCAGAGGAAAAAGAAACCAAGUUGAAAAAUAGACAUUCAUUGGAAAUAUCUUCUGCUCUUAACAUGUUCAACAUCUCACCUCAUGGACCAGAUAUAUCUAAAAUGGGUAGCAUCAAUAAAAAUAAAGUCCUCUCAAUGUUAAAAGAACCACCUCUGCAUGAGAAGUGUGAGGAUGGAAAAACUGAAACUACCUCCUUUGAAACAUCCAGUCAUCACACAAUGAAAUCCAAGUCUCCUCUUCCAUUAACGCUGCAGCACUUGGUAGCUUUCUGGGAAGAUAUUUCUUUAGCAACUAUUAAAGCAGCUUCCCAAAACAUGAUUUUUCCAAGUCCUGGGUCUUGUGCAGUGUUAAAGAAGAAGGAAAGUGACAAAGAUAACAAGAAAGCCAAAAAGGAGAAAAAGAAAAAAGAAAAGGUUGAGGCUAGGCCAAGGGGAAAUCUUUUUGGUGAGAUGGCCCAGCUUGCAGUGGGAGGUCCUGAAAAAGACACCAUCUGCGAGUUAUGUGGAGAAUCCCAUCCAUAUCCAGUGACUUAUCACAUGAGACAAGCUCAUCCAGGUUGUGGUCGCUACGCUGGUGGCCAAGGUUACAACAGCAUUGGGCACUUCUGUGGAGGAUGGGCUGGGAACUGUGGUGAUGGUGGCAUUGGAGGGAGCACGUGGUAUUUGGUGUGCGAUCGAUGCAGAGAAAAGUAUCUCCGUGAAAAGCAAGCAGCAGCAAGAGAGAAGAUUAAACAAUCUAGGAGAAAACCAAUGCAAGUUAAGACACCUCGUGCCUUGCCAACUAUGGAAGCUCAUCAAGUGAUUAAAGCCAAUGCACUGUAUUUAUUGUCAUUGAGUAGUGCUGCUGAGCCCAGUAUCCUCUGCUAUAACCCUGCAAAAGCAUUCCAAUCUCAACUUCCCAGUCUCAAAGAAGGAAUUUCUGAAGACUUUCCCAUUAAGAUGCCAUGUCUCUAUCUACAGACAUUAGCAAGGCAUCAUCAUGAAAAUUUUGUUGGGUACCAGGAUGACAACCUCUUCCAGGAUGAGAUGAGAUACUUGCGCUCAACUUCAGUACCUGCACCCUACAUCUCUGUUACUCCUGAUGCAAGCCCUAAUGUCUUCGAAGAGCCAGAGAGCAACAUGAAAUCUAUGCCCCCAAGUUUGGAAACCAGUCCAAUCACAGAUACAGACCUUGCAAAGCGCACAGUCUUUCAAAGAUCAUAUUCAGUUGUUGCAUCAGAAUAUGACAAACAGCACUCAAUUUUGCCAGCACGUGUAAAGGCAAUCCCCAGGAGACGAGUCAACAGUGGAGAUGCAGAAGUGGGGUCCUCUCUCCUGAGACAUCCAUCACCUGAACUUUCUCGGUUAAUCUCCGCCCACAGCUCUCUUUCCAAAGGAGAGAGAAAUUUCCAGUGGCCAGUAUUGGCAUUUGUAAUCCAGCAUCAUGAUCUGGAAGGACUUGAAAUAGCAAUGAAACAAGCCUUACGGAAAUCUGCUUGCCGAGUCUUUGCCAUGGAGGCCUUCAACUGGCUUCUUUGUAAUGUCAUUCAAACAACUUCUCUUCAUGAUAUUUUAUGGCAUUUUGUGGCUUCCCUGACUCCUGCACCUGUAGAGCCUGAAGAAGAAGAGGAUGAAGAAAAUAAAUCAAAUAAAGAAAAUGCAGAACAAGAAAAAGACACACGAGUGUGUGAACACCCUCUGUCGGAUAUAGUGAUUGCUGGGGAAGCUGCUCACCCCUUACCCCACACUUUCCAUCGCCUUCUUCAGACAAUCUCUGAUCUUAUGAUGUCACUUCCCAGUGGUAGUGCAUUACAGCAAAUGGCCUUAAGAUGCUGGAGUCUUAAAUUCAAACAAUCUGAUCACCAGUUCCUGCACCAGAGCAAUGUUUUUCAUCAUAUCAACAAUAUUUUGUCUAAAUCUGAUGAUGGAGAUAGUGAAGAGAGUUUUAGUAUCAGCAUUCAGUCUGGUUUUGAAGUCAUGAAUCAGGAACUGUGUAUAGUAGUUUGUCUGAAAGACCUAACCAGCAUUGUUGACAUUAAAACAUCAAGCCGACCUGCCAUGAUUGGUAGUUUAACAGAUGGGUCUACAGAAACCUUCUGGGAGUCAGGAGAUGAGGACAAAAACAAAACUAAAAACAUCACAAUUAACUGUGUGAAAGGAAUCAAUGCACGUUAUGUUUGCGUUCAUGUAGACAAUUCCAGAGAUCUUGGGAACAAAGUGACCUCUAUGACCUUCCUAACUGGCAAGGCAGUAGAAGAUCUCUGCAGAAUAAAGCAGGUAGACUUGGAUUCAAGACAUAUUGGCUGGGUAACAAGUGAACUUCCUGGGGGUGAUAAUCACAUCAUCAAAAUUGAAUUGAAGGGUCCAGAGAACACACUAAGAGUUCGACAAGUAAAAAUUCUUGGAUGGAAGGAUGGUGAAAGCAUUAAAAUAGCAGGCCAGAUUUCUGCAAGUGUGGCUCAACAAAGAAACUGUGAAUCUGAGACACUGCGAGUAUUCCGACUUAUAACAUCCCAGGUGUUUGGGAAACUUAUCUCUGGAGAUGCUGAGCCAACCCCAGAACAAGAAGAAAAAGCACUGUUGUCUUCCCCAGAAGGAGAAGAAAAAGUACACAAUGCAACAUCAGAUGCAGACCUGAAGGAGCACAUGGUAGGGAUCAUAUUCAGCCGGAGCAAACUGACAAAUUUGCAGAAACAGGUGUGCGCGCACAUCGUGCAGGCCAUACGGAUGGAGGCGACGCGCGUGCGCGAGGAGUGGGAGCACGCCAUCUCCAGCAAGGAGAACGCCAACUCGCAGCCCAGCGACGAGGACGCCUCCUCCGACGCCUACUGCUUCGAGCUGCUCUCCAUGGUGCUGGCGCUCAGCGGCUCCAACGUGGGCCGCCAGUACCUGGCCCAGCAGCUCACUCUGCUCCAGGACCUCUUCUCCUUGCUGCACACAGCUUCUCCCAGGGUCCAGAGGCAGGUAACAUCAUUACUGAGACGUGUUUUGCCCGAGGUAACCCCCAGUCGCCUCGCAAGUAUUAUAGGGGUGAAGUCUCUUCCACCAGCAGAUAUAAGUGAUAUAAUUCAUUCAACAGAAAAAGGAGAUUGGAAUAAACUAGGUAUCUUGGACAUGUUUUUGGGAUGCAUUGCCAAAGCUCUCACUGUACAGCUAAAAGCCAAAGGAACUACUAUCACAGGGACAGCUGGCACUACUGCGGGCAAAGGAGUUACUACAGUCACACUUCCAAUGAUCUUCAAUUCCAGCUAUAUUCGGCGGGGUGAAAGUCAUUGGUGGAUGAAGGGAUCAACACCUACACAGAUUUCAGAGAUCAUCAUUAAACUCAUUAAAGACAUGGCAGCAGGUCAUUUGUCAGAAGCUUGGUCACGUGUGACAAAGAAUGCUAUUGCUGAAACCAUCAUAGCUCUCACCAAAAUGGAAGAAGAGUACAGAUCACCUGUGAGGUGCAUUGCAACAACCAGACUGUGGCUGGCCUUAGCAUCCCUCUGUGUCCUUGAUCAGGAUCAUGUUGAUAGACUAUCCUCAGGAAGAUGGAUGGGAAAGGACGGGCAGCAGAAACAGAUGCCAAUGUGUGAUAACCAUGAUGAUGGUGAAACUGCUGCAAUCAUUUUAUGUAAUGUCUGUGGGAACUUGUGCACAGACUGUGACCGAUUCCUUCAUCUCCAUCGGCGAACAAAAACUCACCAGAGACAGGUGUUCAAAGAAGAAGAAGAAGCUAUCAAAGUUGAUCUCCAUGAGGGCUGUGGCAGGACCAAACUCUUCUGGCUGAUGGCAUUAGCAGAUUCUAAAACUAUGAAAGCUAUGGUGGAGUUUAGAGAACAGACAGGCAAACCAACCACCAGCAGUUCUGAAGCAUGUCGGUUCUGUGGAUGCAGGAGUGGAACAGAAUUAUCAGCAGUGGGAAGUGUUUGUUCUGAUACAGACUGCCAGGAGUAUGCCAAGAUUGCCUGCAGCAAGACACACCCCUGCGGUCACCCCUGUGGAGGCGUUAAGAACGAAGAGCACUGUCUGCCGUGCCUGCAUGGCUGUGAUAAAAACGCUACAACUCUUAAACAAGAUGCUGAUGACAUGUGCAUGAUCUGCUUUACUGAAGCACUUUCAGCAGCACCAGCUAUCCAGCUGGACUGCAGCCAUGUUUUCCAUUUGCAAUGCUGUCAACGAGUACUAGAAAACAGAUGGCUUGGGCCAAGGAUAACUUUCGGGUUUAUGUCCUGCCCAAUUUGCAAGAACAAAAUCAAUCACACAGUAUUAAAAGAUUUGCUUGAUCCAAUCAAAGAACUCUAUGAAGAUGUAAGGAGAAAAGCUCUAAUGAGAUUGGAGUAUGAAGGGUUGCACAAGAGUGAGGCCAUCACAACACCAGGUGUUAGAUUUUAUAAUGACCCAGCUGGCUACGCUAUGAACAGAUAUGCUUAUUAUGUUUGCUACAAGUGCAAAAAGGCAUAUUUUGGUGGUGAAGCUCGUUGUGAUGCUGAGGCUGGACAAGGAGAUGACUAUGAUCCAAGAGAGCUUAUUUGUGGUGCAUGCUCUGAUGUUUCAAGGGCUCAGAUGUGUCCCAAACACGGUACAGAUUUCUUAGAAUACAAAUGCCGCUACUGCUGUUCAGUUGCUGUUUUCUUCUGUUUUGGGACAACACAUUUUUGCAAUGCUUGCCAUGAUGAUUUCCAAAGAAUGACAAGCAUCCCUAAAGAAGAGCUCCCACACUGUCCUGCAGGUCCCAAAGGUAAACAACUUGAAGGAACAGAAUGUCCACUUCAUGUUGUCCAUCCACCCACUGGUGAAGAAUUUGCUCUGGGUUGUGGGGUUUGCAGAAAUGCACACACUUUUUAGACUAGCUUUUUUUUUUAAACCAGAGCAAAACAGGUGCCCUCAUCCCUCAAGUGUCCUGAAAACAAUGUCCAGCUGGGAUGAGGAUGGGACCAUUCCAUAACCCAGGUAAAAGGAACAAUUUACAGUGCAAGAAGGAUGCCAAAUACCAUGUACAUAAUUCUUGCUGUGAGAUAUUGACAUUUUUUGAACCGAGACAUCAAAAUUUGUGAGGUGUUUGCAUGUGGCCAUUACAGUCAUCGGCUAGGAAACAUUGGACAUUUACAAAUAAACAAUUGUUAUUAAAGGAUCUGUGUGUCUGUGGACUAUGAAUGAUGCUGGCUUUCAGGAGAAAGAAAAAAAUAUUGAUUAUUGUAUACUGACUUUUUGUAAUCUUGUACAAUUGUAACGCAUCACAAGUGGGGAUGGGAAAGAGGAAUAUUCUGGUUUAUUUCCUAGACUGUUAUAAAAAAAUGUGUUAGGAAGGCAUAAAUGUAACAAGUAUCACACUGUAUAUAAAGGUAUCAAUGUUUGUCCUGUAUAAGAAAUAUUAAAUUACAACAGCAGUUUCAUUUAAACUUCUGGGUUAUGUUUGAGCCUGAAAUUUUAAUGAAGUGCAAUACUGAGUGUGCCUCAUAUCUUGCAGCUGUAAACAUAUUGGAAUGUACAUGUCAAUAAAGCCACUGUACAUUUUUAUACAGUGAA